AUGAUGCUUACAAUAGCUCAUGUGCGAAGGAAUCCUAUAUUACUAGUGUCGGCUAUUAUGGCAAUGAUAGGCUGGCUUAUCAUGUUUGUAGGCGGUUGUAUCAUUGGUAGAGCAGGCGUUUUGUGGUGGAUUAUAAUUUAUGAAUUACUUUUGAUUGGUGGUAUCUUCUUUUGCAUCUUCCGUGAAGUGUUUCAUCAAUAUCUUUCCAUGUUUUUGAUCUUCUUAGGCGUCAGCAUUUCUUUCUUAACCUCAGCAAUCAGUGGUUUGAUAGCUUAUCGUUGGAGUGGGGAUCAAGCGGCCAGUGCUGGUGCUAUCAUAUUGAUAAUCAUGCAGUUUUUCUGGGUUAUUUUAUUUGGUAGUGCACCAGAUUCUGGUGUGUCCCAAUUUAUUUAUUCUGGC